AUGAUUGGUUUGGUGUCAGUGAAACAUACGGUCAGCGAUUGCCGUAACAUUCGUGACAUCGACCCGUGUGUAUGUUUGAACAAUCGGUUGGUGCCAAACAAAAUCAGUAUCAAUUGUGUGGGCGACAGUAUCGACGACUAUAACAUCGACACUAUACUGGAUCAGCUGAAUCAACAGCUGUUGACAAAUCCCGAACUAAUAUUGGAUUCAUUUCGGUUGACCAAAACAUCGGUAACAGUCAUCGAUGACAACUAUUUCGGUGUAUUGCCGUUUGUCGACAUCGAAAUCACUGACAAUCCGUAUCUACGAUUUGACAACUUUACCGAUUCGUCGCUGUUGGCCGCGGCGUCGUCUACACUGAAGAUGUUCUACGCGGCCAGCAAUGACCUGAUAGCCGACGGCGUCGAUGGUAGCGAACUAUUGAAAGUGUUCAACUCGUUUGCUAGUCUCGAGUCGCUAACACUCAAAGAUAUCGGUAUCGAUCGGAUCGCACGCAAUACGUUUGACAAUCAGCUACAGGUGCGACUCCGGUUCAUUGACCUAUCAGACAAUCGGAUCAGUCAUAUCGAUGAGUACGCCUUCUUCGAGCUACGGAAUCUACGGUCACUGAAACUCGAUAACAACAGUCUGGUAACACUUGCAGCCAACUCACUGGCUAUACGAUUGCCAUCGCCGGUACCGAUGUUACUGUCGCUCAAUGCAAAUCGUUUAUCAGCCGCACAGUUGUCGCCGAUAGUGUUUGACAAUCUUCAGCGACCAUUGAUUUUAUUAAUCAAAUCCAAUCAAUUGGAUUACUUUCCCGAAUCGGUUUUCCGUCAAUUCAUCGAAUCCGAUGACAACUAUUUUGUGGACGUCGGCGACAAUCAGUUUGUAUGCGAUUGUCAACGACAUCGUUGGCUAUUUCUAAUGAAACCUCAUCUCAGGUCAAAGGUUAUCAAUAUGUACUGUAAUUCUGCGUACAGUAUAUGGCAUUAUGAAGAUGUGGCCGAAACUAAUUGCUUUUGA